AGAGAACCCACCUAAGGCACAGAGCAACACAGAUCCUGUUUUUGUCUCUCUAAUUUUUCUCUCAGAACUUGCUUUCGGUUUUAAUAACACGAGAUGAGAGCCACUGCAUCACUAGUUACAUUUAAUCAGAAGAUUAUGCGGCGUUGUAAGAACCUCCUGAUCAGAAUCACCAGGAGCUGUCCCAGACACCAUUACCGGCAUUUGAAACUUCGGAAAGCUUCUUCUUCAUCAUCAUCAUCAUCAUCUGGGAAGCAAGGGACCAAAGUGUUGGCUUCAUUCUUCCUCUUCUUCCAAAAGAAGAAACAGAACAAGGAGAAGAUGAAGCGGCUUAACGAACUCAGGAGUUUCUCGGGUGCCGUCGGUGAAAGGAAGGCGUCAAAUCCUGAAUCAAGAAAGAAGGUAUUCCCAUCGUCUUGGCUUUGCCCAGGUAAGGCUCAUUCACAAGAAGUCUCACAAGGUCAUGAUCCACCUAGAGACAGCACAAGCGCAUUCCUUCCAUGACUCAUAUGUCAAAACAACGCGAGAUCACAUGUAUAGCUUUCAAUUUGAUUAUGUGGUUGUUGUAGGAUAUCUCAUUGUCGUGAUUUCUAACACUAAGACCCUACUCUGACUCUCUCAGGAUGUAUGAUGAAUGCAGAGUAAAAUUCUUUGUAGUGCAGAAACUUAAUAAUAAGAUUGAUGUGUAUGAUUCAAUAAAUCUAUCGAAAAAACUUUGAAUUAGAAUCAGAAAUGAUUAUAGUUCAAGAACCCAAAUAAUUUC